AUGAACUGGCUACGUUUCUUUGGAUUAGUACUUCCAUUGACAUUAACUAGACAAUGGUUAUAUUUCACAACGACGUUGUCAACGUCAAUAUUUAUAUUAUUACCACUUUCAAUAAUAACUUAUACACAAUAUUAUAAAACUUUAAUACCAUUAAAUUCGUCCCCCAUACAAAAUUUAAAUUUUACGAAGACUGGAAACCCAUCAAUAUCAAAAUUUUAUCAUUAUUCAAAUAGUAUAUUUGCAAACUAUUCGAAUUUUGAUUAUGAUUCAGAAUUGAAAUACAUUACAAAUUUAAAUUUAAGAAUUAUUUGCCCACAGGCUCCAACAACGAAAAAGGUUAGUUAUACAUUUCAAUCAAAUUUUUCAAUAGUAUCUCAGGGUUCAUUCAUAUUGGAUUGUGAUUCACAUUUGAUUUAUAGUCAUAAUAAUUGGAUAAUUCCACAUAAUUUGAAAUUUUGGGUACCUCCAAUUUUAACAACCCUUUCAAAUUCUCAAAAGUUUAAUAUUGAAAUUUGUGAAUUUAAAGGAAGCGAUUUAAAGGGUUCAAAUCAAGAAUUUCUGUUAAUUUUGAAUGAUCAUGGGUAUUUAAUAGAUGAUAGUGGGUAUUUAAUAGAUGAUAAUUUUUCAAAUUUGAGAUUUGAUGUUAAAUGGACUGGGUUUAGAUAUUAUCUUGUUAAAUAUUAUUAUACUUGUUUUGCAUUUGGAACUUUAGUGUUCUUUUUAAUUAGUGGUGCUAUUAGUAUUUUAACAAGUUAUGCCAUUUUGUUUAUAAAUUACAAUAAAAAUAAAAGGGCACAAAGUACGAAGAUUAAAAUUAAAAAGGAGAAAGGAGUUUAA